AACUCCGUGUCGAACUCGAGUUUAUAAUUAUUCUUACAAAUCGAAUUCGAGCUUGAAAUUAUUAACAAACCAAAACUUGAACAUCAAUAAAACUCGGCUAAACUCGAAUUAUUAAGGCAAUUAUGCCAAUUAUGGUCCGCCUACCAAGGCCCACCCUAACCUUUGACAUAUCGGCCCAGCAGCACAAGUACCGAAACCGCCAUUCAUACUGAUACCGCCAGAACGGCGCCGUUCCUAUAUGACUAGAGAGCCACCAAUCAUUUACCCUUUAGGCAUCGUUGUUUCGUCCUCUUACAAAAUCGCUUCAGAAAAUCUGCCCCAUCGUCCCUCCAUUCUCUCCUACUCUCUCAAAACAUCUCUGAGAAACGAAAAAGGGAAGAACGCCCAAAUUUCCCGAACCCUAAAAUUUACAAAUUCAUCAGAAAUCCAUCGCACAAUUUCAAUUAGCCACCCAAACUCCAAUCCCCCUUUGCAAUUCCGACCUCCUCCCCCGCCGCCGUCCUGCAACCUUGACCUCCCCGGCCGCCGCCAUCGUUUCCGACGUCUUUUUUUCCCCCCUUCUCUUGCCGGUUAGUUUCACUCUUCCGUUUCCCUGACUAUCUAUUGUUAUUUCGUUUUCUUUGCUUUUCUCCAGUCAAUAUUCUUUUCGUCACAACUCUGUAACUGAAGAGGAAGAAUCCCGAUUUCGGGUUUUCUCCGUCGCGAUUGUAUCUAGGGUUUUUUUCCGCCGAUUAAAUUUCAUCAAUUGCCUUGCUUUCAAACGGACUGAUUAAUCAUGUGUGUAGUUUUUCUCAGUUAUGCCGAAGCUGAUUGUGAUAUGUCAGUCGGGAGGGAAGUUCGUCGCGGCGGGGAACGGCGUCCUGUCGUACUCCGGCGGAGAAGCACACGCGCUGAGCAUCAGCCGGGAGAGCAAGUUCGACGAACUGAAGGCGGAGAUGGCCGAGAUGUGGAAGUACGAUCCCAACUCCGUCAUCGUCAAGUACUUCGUCCCAAACAACAACCGGACGCUCAUCACCGUCUCCUCUGACAAGGACUUGCAGCGGCUGCUGGAUUUCCAUGAGGAUUCCGGCACAGUCGACGUCUACGUCCUUGCCAAUGAGGAAGCUGCCGCCACUGAGACUGCUCUUACCACAACGUCCACAGGUAAGUCUGCCAAGGCAAAUGCGUCGAGAGCCCGAGCUGCAGCUGCAAGACGUAAGAGAAUGAGUGAGGAAGCUGCAGCAGGCAGAGAGCAAGAGCAGCAGGUAGCAACCGCUGAGCUCGGUCAGGUACAAGCUAUGAACGGAGGAGAGGAAGCAACCAUGACUGAAGCACCUGGUAGCCCGCUGAACAUCACUCCGGUAGCAAGCAUCAUCACGGAUGGUACCCCGGCACCACAGCUGCAGAUGAGGACUAGCACGCCCUGUGCUCUCGACGUGAUCGGAGAGCAGAAGCUUCAGAAAGUGUGGGAGAACUGCAUCACUGGUCUUCACCAGCAGUUCAACCAUGUUGGCGAGGUACGUGAAGCUCUUCGCCGUUACUCCCUCGCUCAAGGGUUCACCAUCAAGUUCAAGCACAACGAUUCCAGGCGAGUGAGCGCAAAGUGCAAGGCCGAAGGUUGCACGUGGAGGAUUUAUGCCUCCAAGCUGUCCACCACUCAGUUCUUCCGAACCAAGAAGUUCAUCGACACCCACACCUGUGGCGUGGGCACCGACUCCGCAGCACGUCCUCAUGCAUCCAGAAAACUGGUCGCGACCAUUGUAAAAGAGAAGCUACUCAGCACGCCCAACUUCAAACCUAAGGAAAUUGCCGAAGAGAUACAGAAGGAAUUCGGGAUUGAGCUGAGAUACUCCCAAGCUUGGAGGGGAAUGGAAGCUGCAAGACAGGAACUACAAGGCUCCUACAAAGAAUCAUAUAAUCUGCUCCCAUGGCUGCGCGAGAAGCUAUUGGAGACCAAUCCAGGUAGCGUCGUCUCCCUCAGCACCUCCGACGACCUGACAUUCCGCCGCUUCUUUGUCGCCAUGCACUCUUCCAUAUUCGGGUUCGAGAAUGGCUGCCGUCCUCUUCUUUUCCUCGACGAGAUGUCGGUGAGGUCAAAACACCAAUCGGAGCUGCUGACUGCAACCGCAAUCGAUGGGAAUGAUGGAAUAUUCCCAGUGGCAUUUGCAGUGGUGGACACCAUCAACGAGGAGAGCUGGUACUGGUUUCUCGAGCAGCUCAAGUCUUCUCUGUCCAUCUCACAGUCUAUCACCUUUGUCUCGGAUCGACAGAUGGGGUUGAGACAAUCUAUCGCCAUGCUUUUCCAAAACUCCUACCAUGGCUUCUGCGUCCGACGCCUUUCGGACGAGCUGCUGAAAGAUCUCAGAGGGCCGUACACUCAAGAAGUCGUGGACGUCCUCGUUGCCCACAUGUACGACGCAGCCAGAGCAUCGACCAGGGAAGGUUUCUUGAAAUCCAUGGACAGCAUCAAGAGCAUCUCCCCUGAAGCUUGGGAGUGGAUAAUGCAGAGCGAGCCGGAGCACUGGGCCAACCACAUGUUUGUGGGAUCCCGCUACAACCACAUCUCCUCAGGAAUCGCAGAAUCGUUCUACAGCUGGGUUCCUGAGAUUCAAAUGCCGGUCGUCCAGUUCCUGGACACGAUUCGGCAGAAGAUCAUGGAGCUCAUCUACACCAGAAAGGUGGAGUCGGAGCAGUGGGUUUCUCGAGUGACCCCAAUCCUGGAAGAGAAGCUUCAGAAGGAAAUCAUGAAGGCGCAGGCGCUGCAGGUGUUCGCGUCCCAGGCGGCGGAGAACACGUUCGAGGUGAGGGACUACUUCGGAUCGGUGAACCACACUGUGAACGUGGAGUCGUGGAGCUGUUCCUGCAGGGACUGGAGGCACAAUGGGUACCCGUGCUCGCACGCAGUGGCUGUGCUUCAGGGGAUAGGGAGGGAUCCGUACGACUACUGUGCCAAGUACUACUCGACGGAGGCUUUCCGGGUGACGUACAGGGAACCCAUCAACCCGGUUGCCACCGCCGAUCGUCCGAUUCACGGAUCGUUGGUGCCGAUACUGGUGCAGCCGCCUGCACUGCGCAAGCUGUCGGGACCGCCGAAGCAGCGGAGGAUCAGGAAUAAAGGGGUGAUCAAACGACCGUUGCACUGCAGCAAGUGCAAAGGAGCAGGGCACAACAGAGCUACUUGCCAUGUUUUCUCUUAGCAAAUGGUGGUUAUAGAUUGGUAAUCAGAUUAGAUGUCUUCUUAGGCCUAAUUUAUGGUGAUCCUCCUAGAGGUAGUGCAGUAGUUAAGUUUCCAUUAAAAUGUUUUGUGAGGUGAGGGCAGGACAGAAAGGGAAACCCAUUGGAAUAGGUUUAGGGUUUUGUCAGAUGCGCUUCAAAUUUUUUUUUUUUUUUUUUUUGGGUGGGGUAGUAAUAAUACUGUAAUAGUAGUAUGGGUCUGUCUAUUCAGUCUUUUUCUGUAACCUUUUGGUUCUAAGUCUGCUCUCUUUUCUGUCCAGUCCAUUGAUUUCUUCAGGUAAUGUUAAUGGACAAAUUUGGGGUUUUCCCAAAUUUGGGUUUACUUUACUGCUACGGUGCAGGAUGCUUGUAAACUUGCAAUGCUAGAGGUGUCCACUAUGUAUGCAAUUGCCAUUAGCCUGACAAGUUGAGCUAUCAUCACGUCGAGCUGGUUCCUGAGUCGAACCCAGAUUAGCUCAAAUUAGGCUCGUUAGCGAACUAAUUGAGUUUUGAACGAGGUUUUCCUGAUCCGAUUGUGAAUAGCUGUUGUUCGACUCAUUUCUAGCCCUAAGUGCCCGCCCGAGAGUUAGAAAGGACGACUUCUUGCUAAGUCGAAGGGGUUUGCAACUGCCAGUACUAGUGCAGUACACCAUUCACCCACCGUUUGAACAAAACAAUAAACGGACGCCUCUGUUCUUUUCUAGUCUUCUAGACCUUGUAGUACACGGGAAAUAAGAAAGGAGGGAAUGGGGAAAGAAAUGUGAAGUUUGGGUAGUAAGUAGUACACAAGAAAAGAAUGAGAUGUUGAGUAGUAGUACAUUACUUUGUGUACUUCUUUUUACAGGGUGUCCUGGACCGUGCUUCGAAUCAGAUUUAAAAGGACAAGGGAACGCCUCAUUCAUCCAUCCCAAGUUGCCUAAACAAUAACAAUGUGCCACCAAAUGGAAGCCAUGAAAGAAAGAGCAGUGUGGAGAAAGGAGGAGGACAGGCACAAGUACUGGGUGAGAAGGUAAAACAAGGGGAAGAAUGGAAUGCUUACAAAAGGCUGGGAACAGGCAGAGCAUGGAUUGAGCUACAACAGCAUACACAUAUGUUUUGGCACAUCCCAUGCACUGCCUCUUCCCUGGCUUUCUCCUCAUUCUUCUUUCCCUCUCUUGCCUCUUUCGAUUAAGAUUUUUUUUAAAAAAAAUAUAUACUAUUGUGAUUUGAAUUGUAUUGUGGUGUAUUGAAUCAAUACCUAUCGAGAAAGAGGUUUUGCUUGCGAUUAAUCAGGUACUACAGAGUGGUUGACAACAACGAAGAAAGUAAGAAGAACUGGAGGAAGGAUGGUUGAUAAAUCUGCAGCAGUCUCUCCAUAUCUCCUAGAAGGCAUGGAAGUCGGGAAGAAAGCCAAACUGCUGCUACAAAUUUGCAAUUAAGAUGGAGGGGGGUGCUGCUGGUGUAGCCUUCCGGCCAUCACACUGCAGAAAGCGCCCUGCGAAAGUUCGUUUUCGGAGAAAAGAAGGAUGUCGAGGCUAGUUGUGAAUUCAGUGUCGUGAUUUUUAUCCUUCAAGAGUUUGUAGCAAUCACAUGGGUGGCUUGCCAAUCAGAUUAAUGUGAUGUAAAGUAAUCCAGAUCAAAUUCAAGCUCUAAACAUCAAAUCUGUUAGUUGAUGAACACAGCUCGUAACAAUGAAUGUUAUCUCCAAUU